UACUAUCAGAACGAAAUGAUAUCAUGGAUUAAUUGUUCCAGUUAUGAAAAGAACGAAUUUAGCGGUUACUUAAUCAUUAAAAUCACGGUUACACAUUUUGUUAAAGAUAAAACCAGUAAUUUUCAAAUUAUAGAGCAACUAAUUGACAAAAUUGCCCCUGCUCGGUAUCAAGCAUUCGUUAUCAAUAUUCCAAGUAAUUUUGAAAACAAUGGUGUCCUUAUAAAAGGAUCUAGUGUUACAUGCAAAGACAAACAAGAUACAUAUAUGCAACAGAUUACUAAGAUUCUUAUGAGGAAUCCUGAUCUUAAGAGUCAAGAAAAAAUUAUAGACUUAUUCCAGAACUUAGAGGAAUCAAGAAAUACCAGAAGCUUAAAAACUGCCUUUUUAUUCGCAUCAAUCAUUAGACCUUAUUUGCAGGAGGCCACUGGAGAGCAGAGCAUUAAACAAAAUUGUUUGGUUGCUGCUAUCACAAAAGUUUUUAGUAAAGAUAAAAUUCUUAAACGUGCUUGUCAAGGAGCUAGAAAUGAGCUCAGCAAAAGAUUACAAGCUAACCGCCAAAUAAAAUUAAUAGCAUAUAAAAAUAAGAAGUAA